AUGCCCGCUCAACUAAACGGGUCCAUGACCGCCAGCAUCCCCAUUCGAAUACCCGGCGACCAGGUCCAGGCUCAGGCUCAACCUGCUGUUUUUUACAAGCAGCACAAGCACUCCAGAUCUUCUUAUUCCGAUUCUUCUCCGCUCGCAAAUUCAAGGAACAAUUCUUUAACUUUCCGUCCUUAUAAGAGGCUCAUGUCAAACCCGGACAAGACGAUCGCUGUCAUCAACGCCAGCGGGCGACAGGCUGCGUCCUUCAUUCGCGUCGCCACUGCCGUUGGUUAUCAUGUGCGCGCUCAGUUGAGAAAUCUCGACGGUGUCGUCGCUGCUGAAGUUUCGGGAAAUCCUAAUGUUACCGUAUUUGUUGGCGAGCUCUACACAAGACAUCAGCCCUCUGAAGCAAACCGUGAUGUUACCAAGCACGGCCCGCUGGCCGGUGUCGGCGUCAACUACGACUUGAUCGCAAGUCUGUUCCGCGGCGCACAACUUGCCUUCAUAAAUACAACUUUUUACGGUGACGAGAUCCAAAUCGGAAAGGCACUAGCCGAUGCCGCUAAGCGCGCGGGAAUUCAACACUACGUGUACUCGUCCAUGCCCGAUCAUGGUGCUUACAACCCCGAAUGGCCCUCAUUACCCCUCUGGGCCGCCAAGCAUGAGGUUGAGCAAUAUGUGCGCAAACUCAGAAUACCAGCCACUUUUGUGUACACUGGCAUCUACAACAACAACUUUACCUCUCUUCAGUAUCCCCUUUUCUGCAUGGAUCUGCAAAAGGACGGCUCGUUCAAAUGGCAAGCACCUUUCCAUCCUGACGCCAAGCUACCCUGGUUAGACGCCGAACACGAUGUUGGUCCCGCGGUCCUGCAAAUCUUCAAGGAUGGACCAAGCAAAUGGAAUGGAGAGCGCAUUGCACUUGCAUACGAAUACUUGACACCCAAGGAGGUGUGUCGACUCUUCUCCAAAGGAGUCGGUCGUCCUGUGCGCUACGUGCGAGGCCCCAUUGAAAUCAAGGUUCGAAUCCCUGAGGGCUACCGGGAACAGCUCGUCGGUCUGGAGAAACUGUUCGACCCAAAUCAGAAAGAUCCUCGAAAGCAACCGCCUUACUUUGGCGACCCCAAGGUCGAAGUCAGUUGCCCAAGCGAAGCCUUGGAGUUGUGGGAAGGCCCUCGAGGUAUCGAAGAAUACGCACGUGAGAUGUUCCCCAUAGAAGAGGAAGCAAACGGUCUCACAUGGAUGCUGGAUGAUGACGCGAGUGACGAUGAGGACGUGCACAACACAGCAACCCACGUCGAGCAACUGAGAAUCCACGACGGUGACGAUGAUAGCGACGACGAUAAUGACGACGGCCUUGUCAUAAAAGGACGCAAGCGGGACGAGGAAGAGUGGUUAGCAUAA